GGCAGCGUGAAGAGAUCUGCUGUGAGGGGUGAAAUUUCUAGGGUUUCGUUUGAGCGUGAGAGAAAAGCGAGUGGGUUAAGAGAUUUCGAUCAAAAUGAGUGGCGAAAACAACAACGGUGGUGCCAGGCGCAGAGGUACGGUCAAGUGGUUUGACACUCAGAAGGGGUUCGGCUUCAUCACUCCCGACGACGCCGGCGACGAUCUCUUCGUUCACCAGUCCUCCAUCAGAUCUGAUGGUUUCCGUAGCCUUGCAGCCGAUGAAUCUGUCGAGUUCGAGGUUGAGAUGGACAACAAUGGCCGUCCCAAGGCCAUCGAGGUCUCCGGACCCGACGGCGCUCCCGUCCAAGGUACCAGCGGUGGUUCUUCUGGCGGACGCGGAGGCUUUGGUGGCGGAAGAGGUGGAGGCCGCGGAUCUGGAGGUGGAUUUGGCGGAGGAAGAGGUGGCGGCGGAGGCCGAGGAGGAAACGACUGCUACAAGUGUGGUGAGCCAGGUCACAUGGCGAGAGACUGUUCCGAAGGCGGUGGAGGAUACGGAGGCGGCGGUGGUGGCUACGGCGGGGGCGGCUACGGCGGAGACAGAGGAGGAGGUAGCUACGGUGGUGGAGGAAGGUAUGGAGGCGGUGGUGGCGGCGGAGGAAGCUGCUACAGCUGUGGGGAGUCGGGACAUUUCGCCAGGGAUUGCACCAGCGGUGGACGUUGAAUCGGACAUCGGCCCGGCGAUGGGGAAGGCUGAAUCCGUCGUCUCAAACACGAACAGAUUGUCUUCUUCUCGCGGCGUACUUAUCUCUUUAUUAUCCGCUUUUUUUGCUUAUGAUGGAUCUCUUUCGUUUCUUAGUUCAUUUUCGGGUCUUCUUUUGAUGGUGUUUCGGAUUAGGACUUAUGGUUAUUUGUUUAUGCUAUUUAAUGGUGUGGUUUUUAAUGGUGGUGCUUGUCUCGGGUGAAAAAGCUUCUUCUGCUCUGUUUCAAGUGUUCAUACGCAAACAUUAUUUAGUGAAAAGAUUUCUGGGCUUUAUUAUAAU